GUUAAAGUCCAUUCAGUGUCGUGUAGCCAGUGAAGGUGGGUAGCUGCACGCUCCGCUCGGGACUCUUAGUUUUUCCGUCUUUCCCACUCCGAACUGACUUAGUAUCAGGACGAACAUUGCACAGUGUCGAGAGGCGCCACCAGGCUUUCGAGUGCGAGAGACACCCAACCUGUACACACCUCGGAACACGCCUUGACCUGAAUUUUAGAGGUUGUGAGUGUGUGACAGUGUCGCGGAAAGUUAGUUGUCUUACUCCCUCAACCAAGGCGACGGCGUGAUUGCAAGUGUGCGAGGCAUCGGGAAGUCCCUGACAUGAGCGUGGGUAAGCGGAGCACUCCAGUGAGGUCGCGUGACUGCCACCCUGCCAGCCUGUGACACGCCCAGGAAAAGCGGCUCCACCCCGUCAUGACGUGAAGGCCUUGUGACUGCAAGUUUCAGUCAUGCGCCGCUAAGAUACCCGCCGCCGCGUUCUCGACCUCUCCCUAUACAUCCUCUUCAUCCUUUGUGAUACACCGUCCUCUCGCUCCUUCCCCACCCCCACACCCUCACCAUGAAGCUCAAGGAGCGGGUACUGAUUGCCGUCAUGACGGGGCUCGUCCUGCUGACGGUGGUGCUCGUGCUGGAUGUGGAGAUGCACAUCACUAACCCAGGACACCCGCAGCCCCCGGCCCAUGCACGAGUGCAGUAUGCCUUCCGGCAACGACACCUGCAGAAAACUAGCAACGGGUCACGCGAGGCCCUGCUGGCGGCUGCCGCGUCGGGCCAGCUCAACGCCAUUAACGAUGACCCGGCACAGCCUCCCCCGCUGAGGGAGAUAAGCCAAGCCCACGCCCACCAGCCCCCGGAUCCCUAUACUGAUCUGCAGAAGUUAGUGUUCAAAGUGGAGAACCUCAGUAAGAAGAAUCGGCGUCGUCGCAAACACUGGAACCCGACCCUCGGCGAGCUGCUCGGCCUCGACCUCAGGGAGAACGCGACGCUGUGGGACAACUUCCACCUCAGCAUCUCCCGCGACGAGCUGUACCCUGCCGAGGACCCCACUGUGGGGCGCCUCCUGCAGCAUGUAGUGGGCAUGCCCAUCGCCCACAUCAGUCAAAAGGAAGGAGGGACGCAGAUCAAGCUCAUCAUAGAGUUUGCUGACGGAGGCCAUGCGCUCUUCAAACCUAUGAGAUUUCCACGUGAACAAGAGACUCUGAAGAACCACUUUUAUUUCACUGACUUCGAGAGACAUAACGCUGAGAUCGCCGCGUACCACCUUGACAAGCUCCUUGGGUUCCGCCGCGCCGUCCCCACCGUCGGUAGGAAUGUGAACAUCACGCGGGAAUUGUACGCGCUGGCCCAGGGCGACCUGCUUAAGACAUUCUUCAUCUCCCCAGACAACAAUCUCUGUUUCCACGGCAAAUGCAGCUACUACUGUGACACUGCCCAUGCCAUCUGCGGCUCCCCUGAUAUGAUUGAGGGGUCCUUUGCUAUCUUCCUGCCGGGCAAGGAGGCGGCGCCGCGCAAAGUGUGGCGGCACCCGUGGCGUCGCGGAUACCACAAGCGGCGCAAGGCCCAGUGGGAAGUCGAUGACGAGUACUGUGAGUUGGUGAAGGAGGUGCACCCUUACAAUGAGGGACGCCGCCUCCUCGACCUCAUGGACAUGGCCGUGCUUGAUUUCCUUAUGGGCAACAUGGAUCGGCACCACUAUGAGACCUUCAAAAUGUUUGGAAAUUACUCUGCACCACUGCACUUGGAUCACGGCAGAGGGUUUGGCAAGGCCUUCCAUGAUGAGAUAUCCAUCUUGGCACCCAUUUACCAGUGUUGCCUCAUACGACAUUCUACUCUCACCACACUGCUCAGGUUCCAGAAUGGCCCACAGCGCCUAAGUGAUGCCAUGCGAGUUUCCAUGGGUGCCGACCCUCUCAAUCCCAUUCUCUGGGAGCCCCACAUGAGGGCAUUGGACCGCCGAGUCAACAUCAUCCUCCAGAUUGUGAGAGAGUGCAUCAACAAGGCAGUGGAUCCUCUCCACGUUGUCAUCAACGAUUUCCACUAAGGAGGAUAAGGAAAUAUGGUCGUGUUUUCAUAGGGCGUCAUUAAACGUACUUAUAAUGUACAUUUCCACGUGCUGGAAAAGUGAAUGUUGGAGAUGAGAAAAUAAAGAAGUUUGUGGUCAGAUUGGUACUGCAAGGGGACUUGCCACUCUCAGACUUUCCUCAGCAUUGGGUAGCCCCAAGAAGUGUUGUGUGAAGGUGGGAGACUCUAUCCAGUGUCCCAGUGAGGAAGAAUGUGACUGUAUCCCUGCUACCCUAGUGGGUGAGUAGCUCCAGAGAGAGAGAAAUGGGGUCCUCUUAGAACAUUACUUGUUGAUAAGAAAGGUGAGGGAGUGUGUCAGAAACUACUAAACUAUAGAGUGCUGUAUGAAGAGGACAAUGUAGUGAAUUGUUUGGUGCUACUUCAUGGUGAAAAAGGAAAGUUUGUAAACAGAACAAGCCCAUGAACAAUGGAGAGAGAAGGAAAGAAAGAGUUGAAUGUACAUUUCUCUAUAUUUAUUUUCUUUAUUUGAACAUUGCUUUUGUAAUAUUGUCCUAGGAUCAAUGAAUUUAUUUUUGUGCCUAUUUUAUAAAUUGUUGAGAGAAUACAGGGUUUUUAUAAAAUGCACACUUAACAACACUGACCUUGGCAUCAGAAGUCAUAAACCCUGACUGCUGAAUUCUAAAGAGGAUGUCUACACUUGUUGUUGCUGUAUUGUAUCCAUCCAUUACCAUGCAGAGAUACAUUGCCACGUCAUUAGGGAGAAACAGCUCGCCAUUGCUUGUGUUGCACAGUCAGCUGCUGCAUAGUAUUACUCAGUGGCUCAGUAGUCAAGCCAGAUUGGACUCCUGGAAAGGAAAAAUCAGUUUAGAUAUUACAUACAAAUCAGGCACUCACAGUAUGCUAAUUCAGAAUCAUUCAGGGAAUUUUUCCUUCUAAUUUUCUUCCUGUAGAAUAUACUUGCAAUUGUGGUGUUUUCAUCUGCUUGAAAGAUGCCAGGGAGGUGGAUGUGGCCAAGUGUUGAUGUUCUGGGUGGCAAGGUGGCGGGUACCUAGCUUAAUGGUUAUUUUCUGUGAUGUGCUUGUGAGAGAUCAUACUAUGGAAUAUGUUUUAAGUUUUUUGCAUAAUAUUUAAAGUUUUGGUUCCAUUUGAAUUGACAUUUUUUGUUUUCAGAGCAUUCUCUUUGUUUUAAUUAAUCAGUUGAUAACUGCUUUGUUGUUAGUUUGGCAAUCCCAUUUGCCAUGAAUUUAUAUAGACAAACUGUGAAUCUAAUUUGUUAAUUGUUUGAUGACUUCACUAAGUAGACAUGCAUGAUAUUUCAGAACAUGUCAUCAGUCAUUAAAACAGUUUUCUCGUAUAGAAAAUAUUUUAAAGUUGUCACUAACCCUUGAGUUUUUCUCUUUCAAGUACACGUGCAAAACUCAAAUCAAUUUUAUAGUUCAAUUGUUUAAAAAAGAUAAAGUGCAUACUGUUUUCAGUGCAAGGUUUUUUAAUGGUUGGUGUGCUGCACAUGUGAACCUUAGAGUGUUUACGUGUAGCACUGUGAUGCUUCUGUUUUUUUUAGGGGAAUUUUAUUGAUAAUGUGUUAAUGAGGAAAAAAAACUCAAAUGUCUAGACACACACACACACACACACACACACACACACACACACACACACACAAGAAAGACUCAUCCGCACAUCCAUCAGUACACUGUUUUGUUUGUAUGCACGUGUUUUUUAUCACAUUUUGACAUUACUCACAUUCUUGCACAGAAAUGCUGUUCAUUACAAAACUGUCAUAAGCAGAAGCUUGUGUAAAUCAUCACCCUGGCACUGCUCCAGAAAGCAUAGUGUGUACUCUCAAUCUGUAUUGGCAGGAAGGAAGGAAGCACCACAAUGUCUAUUAUCUCAGCUGCAUUUUCACGUUUUGCACUCAUGACUCAUUUUGUACUCUUUCUUGAUGUUUUUAUCAUUUAGUGAACACCAUGUACUAAGUGUAAGCCCUGAGGAACCUUGGAGUCAGGGCACAGCUCUCUCUUCAAUGUUCUUUCCUAUUGAGUGAUAUUUUAUGAGUAAUUUUGUUGUUGUGUUGAGAAAUUCAAUGAACAUUCCAACUGCAUUCCUUGAUUCAAAAAGUGUAAUUGUUGGUGUGUACAAAUGUUUAUUUUUGUUAUAUCAAGCUAUAAUAGUAUUUUAUUUCUGGUAAUCACAGGAAUUACUGUAUGAUAGAAUCAACAACAUUAUGUCAUCCAUAGCAUCAUAUUUAAGAUCAGGCAUGCAAUAAGGUCCCUUUGAGUGAUAAAUCCUGGAAAUUUUAAUAUCUUACAAUAUAAAAGUUUGGCUGGGUACUUUGGGAAAUAUGGUAAAAGAAAGGGCAGCAAAUAAGAAGGUAGAAGAAAAGCACUUUAACAUAGAAUACUAUUGCCAGAUGCAGAUGAAACAGUUACAAAUGUUAGGCAGAUAUCAUGGACACUGGCAGUUGAAAUUAAUACACGAGAGGUGCUUGUGGUGGUAAUUAAAAUGGAUGAUAAUCACUGAAAUGUUUAUAGAAGUUCGGAAUACGUAAGAAAGAAAGCACAAGUGUGAGAGGCAUGGAAGCUUGUACAGUGGUCUAGUGCAGCACCUUUGAUCAGUAAGAGAGAAUGGAAGAGGAGGAAAUGAGAAGUAGGAUUAUAUGAGUGAGGUAGAUGCAGGGAAAGCAAAAGAAUAAUUCUUAGCAGAGAAAGCAAAAGGAUGAUUCUUAUAACAUAGAAGCUUUGUACUGGGAUGCGUUUGUGAGAAAGAGUAGGAAAUUGUAAUGAUUACACAAAUGUGCUGUGUGAUGAAUUAUAAGAAGAGACUUGUAGAAAUAUCUGCCUUGUCACCUCUAUGGGAAACUAUCAAGGAAUGUUCAUGAUGAUAGACAGACUAAAAAAACUACAUACUUAGGACCUUAUAGUAUUCAUGAUCAUGAAAGCCUUGUUCUCUAAUUCUGUAAUUAGUUUUAAUGAGAGGUAGAUCCUCCAUAGUACACACUGGUCCCACAGCAGUCAUACUUUGUCUCUGAGGUCAUGUGAAGAUCUGCAUUCAUUCAGUGCAAAGCCCCAGCCUGGGUUCUCAUGAGAGUUGCAUCACAAUUAGCAGUCCUAAUAUUGCUCAGGAACAAGAGUCAUUCCCAUUCAACUCAGCAGAAACUGAAUUAACUGUACUGUGAUUUGAUUAAUACUGCAAAAUUCUAAAUCAGUCGUGUCUUUGGCUGUCUAUAAUAAGAUGUUCAUCAAAUAAACAAGUAUAGAAGGUGCUGAAAAACUAGGGUACAUGUAAAGCUACACAAGUUAUGAAAAAUGCCACUUGCUGAAUGUGUAUUAUUUAAUGUAAAUUCUUUGGGUGUUUUUUUUUUUCUUUUAGUUUUGUAUUAGCAAAGUUUCUGCAGAUCAGCAAAUUGUGAGAAGACUCCUAAUGUGUAGAUGGUGUAGAGCUUGUGCCACAGUGUGAGGCAACCCAGGGCUGUCUGGGGCAGCAGCAACAGUGACUGGGCCAGCCUCCAGCACCUCCAGGUCUAGGUAGCUGUAUUGCAUAUAGUAUAUUUUGUGAUAUGGCAAUAUUGAAGUAGGGUUAAGGAUAAUAUUUUCUUAGUCAAUUACUAUAUUUCUUGUAUUUUUAUUGAAGAAAAUAACAUAGUACAUCUGAAGUGCUGUCGACUAGAGCAAUUAUUUUUCUGUUGAAAUCACCUGUUUUGCCUGAUGCUUAGCAUUGUGGCAGAAAUAUUUCUUGUAUACUCUGCACGUUUUCCUCAACAAUGGCUGUGAUUCAACUUGCUUACUUUUAUGCUGGAAAAUACUAGAUAAUUAUUCUUGAGAAUGUGUCUGGCUACUGACUCAUUCCUGACAGGACUCUUAAAAAGUUCCCCAACACACAAGCUUUCAAUGUAAGCCAUUGUAUGGUAUCAUUUCUGUCAAGUGAUCUCAGACCAGGCUUGAGUUGCAAAUUUGGGGCCAUCAUGAAUCUAGUGAACAUCCAAGAUGUUGAUAAUAACUUGAAGACACUUUGACAGUCCUUUUGCCUCUGUGUAUCAACUUAAAUCAGUCUUCCAUUAUUAACCUAUGUAAUGAAUCUGUUUAUUGAUGAAAGACAUUGCCUCAAGUGCAGUGUGUUUAUGUUAUUACUUUCAUCCAAAAUUGUUGAGAUGAAGAACACAGAUUCAAAACGUAUGGCCUGAGAACACCAGUGGAUAAGAAUACGAUGCCUAAGUAUUUACAAAGUAUCCAGGGAUGGCAGUAUUUUAGCUAUUUAAAAGAUCCCAUUUCUCAGAGAGCAUGACUAGUGACAAUGAAAUGUAUUGUAACACAGAAGCUGAAGGACAGUUUUGUGUAAAACAUCAUAUGUAGACAUGCUUCUGUAAACAACUUCAUAUGAAUAUUUGUUAUAAAUUAUUCAGUAAUUGUCACUGUUCUGGUUAAAAAAAUGAAAGUUCCUGCCCACAUUUAUACUAUGGUGUAUAUAGCUUUUAUGAAUGGUACAGUAUUAACUCUGUAUUUUGUAUUGAUGCAGAUGUGAUAGUGUGCAGUGUUGCAAGUAUCAUGUGAGUGACCUCCUGCCUUGAGUGAAAUUUGAUUAGUAUUUGGUUACAAGAUCUUGACAUUACGAAGUUUAUAAAUUAAUAUGAUAUGAUGUAAAGAAAAGGUUAAUUUAUGACAGCAAAUUAUCAGCACUCUUGAAGAAAAGAAACAAACCAAACCAGUACAGUUUGAGAAGAAAGAUCUUGCCUGCAUGUUGUCAUUAACUGAACUACAAGACAACACAACUAAAAAAUCAUGCAUAUUUAUGACAUGAAAGAUGAAUUACUAGAAUAUUAAUGACCAUCUAUCUUUUUAUGGAGGCAAUUAAUGGUGCUGCCUACAAUCCCUUUAAAAGGAAAUGCAUAACCCAAAAGAAUAAUUUACCAUGCACAGACAAAUUUCUGUGCCAUCUGUAGUCACUUUAGAAAGCUGAACACUUACAGCUUAAGGUUAUGCCUAAAUGAUUCUCUUCCAUAUAAAGUAAGUGCAUGGCACAGUCAAAAGAUGCUGCGUGCUAUAUAUGCAAUUUGGAGUGUGUGCUUGCUACCAUCAGGACAAUACUGCCACAGUGAGUGCUUCUUAUGUAUACUGUUUCCUCCCCAGCCAAAACUCUAAAACUUUUGUAAGAAGUGAGUACUACUGCCCCAGAAAGUGCCGAGGGAGGGGCUGUGUGCUGCUGCUUGUGGUUGCUCUAGUCUCAUGUGUGGUUGUGAAGUGAACAUGAUGUACCAGAGGCAAAUAUAUUGGUUUAAACAGU